CUGGGGACACCGGCUUCGCGCGGGCUCCUCCCGCCGCGUCCACCCCCUCUCGCCACCCCCGCCCGCCCCCCGCCGCGGGGCCUUUCUCCGCGCGGCCGCCGCCACCGCCGCCGCACUCCGAGCCGGCGCCCCAGCAGCAGCAGCAGCAGCAGCCGCCGCCGCCUUCACCGCGCGUGCCUCACGCUCCGGCCCGACCCCGCCGCCGAACCCCGCGCCAGCCAUGGAGCCUGAAGCCCCUCGCCGCCGCCCCACUCACCAGCGCGGCUACCCGCUGACGCGGAUCCCCCACCUCAACAAGGACUUGGCUUUUACCCUGGAAGAGAGACAGCAAUUGAACAUUCAUGGAUUGUUGCCACCUUGUUUCAUCAGUCAGGAGGUCCAGAUCCUUAGAGUAGUUAAAAAUUUUGAGCGUCUGAACUCUGACUUUGACAGGUAUCUUCUCCUAAUGGAUCUUCAAGAUACAAAUGAAAAGCUCUUUUAUAGAGUGCUAAUGUCUGACAUUGAGAAAUUCAUGCCUAUUGUUUAUACUCCUACUGUGGGCCUGGCUUGUCAACAAUAUAGUUUAGUGUUUCGGAAACCAAGGGGUCUUUUUAUUAGUAUCCAUGAUCGAGGGCAUAUUGCUUCAAUUCUUAAUGUAUGGCCGGAAGAUGUCAUCAAGGCUGUUGUGGUGACUGAUGGAGAGCGUAUUCUUGGCUUGGGAGACCUUGGCUGUAAUGGAAUGGGCAUCCCUGUGGGUAAAUUGGCUCUAUAUACGGCUUGUGGAGGGAUGAAUCCUCAAGAAUGUCUGCCCGUCAUUUUGGAUGUGGGAACAGAAAAUGAGGACUUACUUAAAGAUCCAUUCUACGUUGGACUACGGCAGAGAAGAGUAAGAGGUCCUGAAUAUGAUGAUUUUUUGGAUGAAUUUAUGGAGGCAGUUUCUUCCAAGUAUGGUAUGAAUUGCCUCAUUCAGUUUGAAGAUUUUGCCAAUAUGAAUGCAUUUCAUCUCCUCAGCAAGUAUCGAAACCAGUAUUGCACAUUCAAUGAUGAUAUUCAAGGAACAGCAUCUGUUGCAGUUGCAGGUCUUCUUGCAGCUCUUCGAAUAACCAAGAACAAACUGUCUGAUCAAACAAUACUAUUCCAAGGAGCUGGAGAGGCUGCCUUAGGGAUUGCACACCUGAUUGUUAUGGCCAUGGAAAAAGAAGGUUUACCGAAGGAGAAAGCCAUGAAAAAGAUAUGGUUGGUUGACUCAAAAGGAUUAAUAGUUAAGGGACGUGCUUCCUUAACAAAAGAGAAGCAGAAGUUUGCCCAUGAACAUGAAGAAAUGAAGAACCUAGAAGCCAUUGUUCAAGAAAUAAAACCAACUGCCCUCAUAGGAGUUGCUGCAAUUGGUGGUGCGUUCUCAGAACAAAUUCUCCAAGAUAUGGCUGCUUUCAAUGAACGGCCUAUUAUUUUUGCUUUGAGUAAUCCAACUAGCAAAGCAGAAUGUUCUGCAGAGCAGUGCUAUAAAAUAACUAAGGGGCGUGCAAUUUUUGCCAGUGGCAGUCCUUUUGAUCCCGUCACUCUUCCAAAUGGACGGACCCUAUAUCCUGGUCAAGGCAACAAUGCCUAUGUGUUCCCUGGCGUUGCUCUUGGUGUUGUGGCAUGUGGAUUGAGGCACAUCACAGAUAACAUCUUUCUCACUACUGCUGAGGUUAUAGCUCAGCAAGUGUCAGAUGAACACUUGGAAGAGGGCCGGCUAUAUCCUCCUUUGAAUACCAUUAGAGAUGUUUCUCUGAAAAUUGCAGAAAAGAUUGUUAAAGAUGCAUACCAAGAAAAGACAGCCACAGUUUAUCCUGAACCACAAAACAAAGAAGCAUUUGUUUGCUCUCAGAUGUAUAGCUCUGACUAUGACCAGAUUCUACCUGAUUGUUAUUCUUGGCCUAAAGAAGUCCAGAGAAUACAGACCAAAGUUGACCAGUAGCGUAAUAGCUGACAUUGCUAACUCCGUUAAUGAGAUCUUCGAAGUCUUUCAUAAUUUUUAAAUGUUGGAAUCCUUUAUAAUGAUUCAUAGUAUGCUUAGAUUAAGAUAAUUUUACUUUAACAAUCUAAAAAUUUAUGGAAGAAUAUUAAUACAAAUUAGGAUAAACAUCAUAGUAGACAAUUUUGUUUCAUUUGCUUUCUGGUUAUUUAUAGUUUCUAUCUUAAUUAUUCUGCCCAAGUUCUCUUUAAAAGCUAUUGUACUUACCACUGAGAAACUCAUUGUUUUUAUACAGGAAACUAAUAGAAAAACCAAAAUUAGUAAUAAGUUGAUAUGAUCAACACUAAAAUCCAUAAUUUUGUUGACCGUUUUGUUAAUCCAAUUUUUAAAUAAAGACAGAAGAAGCGAAUUUAGGCAUUGAUGAACUUUUGUUAAAACAGAAAUACCACUUAGUUGCCUUAAGAAAAAUAACUUAUCAGGUAUUUUUAUUCCAGUCCUAAAUAUAUUUGUUCUUUUUGUGCAACUGAAUUCUAACAUUUCUGAGAAAGAUCACUGCUGUUUACAAUGCCUUAUGCAGCCUUAGAUUUCAGUAUUCUUUUGUUAUUGUUAUAUCUUACAGGGUAAAGCUCUUAUCACUUGGUCCUCAUUAGAAAUCCCUUCUUAAAGCACCUUAAUUUCCUAUUGACUAAAUUUCCUAUCCUUCAGCUCCUUACUGUUGUUUGUGAACUCUGGCCCCUGUCCAGAGUUUGGUACCUUCAGUUCAGUGUGGCCUGAACAGUGAGAAGGGCUGAAAGGAGAGUAGUUAAGAUCCUUGAGAAAGGAUCUGACCUCUUAAGACAAAUAUCUCAAAAGUCAGGAACAAAACUGUGGUUCCCAGACAAGCUGGGUCCCUACCUGAGUGACCUUCUUUAAUGUCUCUUUGAUUAGCUCAGAUAACUGGGAGCUCACAGUGUAUAAUAUAACCUCUCUUUCCUCUGAGUUUGGAGAAAGUUUUAUAACCACAUCCCCAAUGCCAGAAAUUAUCUUUACAUCAGAUAUUUAAAUAUUUUAAUUACUAAGACCGUUCUAUGAGAAAGAGUAGUUACACCCCCAGAUUGUAUUGAUUUAUUUUAGAAAUUAAUGAUUGAACUAGUGGAAACAAUUUAAAAAUCUUAAGCUCAGGUGCUUUACAUUUGCUAUUUAUUUGUAGAAUUAUCUGUAGAAUUUUCUGUUUUUGAAGUAAUGCUUUAAAAAGUAUAAGAAGAUGUUUAAGAAAAACUAUACUAUGAAAUGAUUUUAUUGAAGUUGAAGGUUACACACAUUGUUUUAGGUGUGAGUAGAAGGGUUUGGGUAUUUCUCAAGGUAGCAUUUAGUUAAGAGUUUCCUCAAUAUAGUUAUUUGGAAAAGAUUCAGAAUACCUAGCUAUUUCUUGUCUGUUUCCAUGUUGUCUGAUAGCUCUAACCAAAUGUAUUUUACCUAUGCAAAAGAUUUAUUAAAGCAUAGAAAAAGUGAG